AUGUCCGACAAUAACACCUCAAAGAAGGCGGGUCAACCAUCCACCUCCACUGCCAAUGAAAGCACCCUCCAGCCACGAGACGAUGUCCGCCUGUGUCCACAUUGCCUCCCAUCAGACCCGUCACCCGGCCUAUCGUUGUCCGUUACGACCUCUGUCGACCGGGGUGGGACACGCUACUACUACUAUUACCUCUCGACCCGUCUUCGGGAGCACUACAACACCCGCCCUGGCGAUUUCUGUCGGGGAGCUCAUAUUUGGCACUACAGCGGCGGCAGCGCCACGGUUGUUAUCCAGAUUCCCGCGGCAGUGGUCGAGACACUGACGGUUGCGAUCCAGGCUGGGCCCCUCCCGCCAAUUAUUCCGCUCCCGCUGCUCCUCUCAGGCGCCAUCCCCCCGCCCGCCAAAAACAACCAAGAACGAGGCCGGAUAAGGCCAAAAGAAGGCGAAGAUGGCGAAGAAGGAAGAGACAAGCUUGAAUCCAAAUGUGGUUAA